AGCCACUUGGUCCAAGAGCCACUCGAACCCGCGAGCUUCGAACUCCGCGAACACCGCGAAGCCCCCUGGGGCCACCUUUGGGCCGUGCUCCUAGUGCCCUGCAGGUCAUUUGGAGGUUAGUCCGGCGUGGGAAGAACCUGCCUGCCACCGGCAACUGAGUAACUGGUGGGAUGCUUCGAAUCCUCAUGGCCGGGGGUGAAAUGCUCUCGCUGAGCUUCUCGGAGACGGACACGGCCCUGGUAUUGAAGCAGAAGAUUCGAGAGCUGGAGACAGCUCCAGAGGCACUGGCGCGGCCCUGUUCGUUGAUGCGACUGAUCCAUGGCGCUGAUGUCUUGCCAGAUGAUUGGAUUCUGCAUGAUCACGGCAUCGUGGAUGGAGAUGAGCUCACCUUGGUUCUGUCGCGAGGCCCUUGUGGCUAUUAUGAGGAGGAUCUCGAGGAGUAUGAGGGAUGCAUGGAGAUCCGCACGAUGGUCUCCGCCCGUUUCCGCGAGGAAACCUUCCAGAUCGAGGUGUGUGAGCAGGUGGAGUAUGGCUCCCCCUGGAGGAGAUGGCUUCCAGAUGUCAGUCCUUGGGAGGACCGAAGAUGGACCAGAGCAUACCGUGAGAGACCUGGAGCCCAAGAUAUUUCUUGGAGAGAUGUGCGAGUCGAAUCUACUGAAAGUUCAGCUGACUUUAUAUGGCGUGACUGGCGUUGGUCACUUGCGUUGGCUGAAUCUGGUCGAGACUCCAUGCGCUCUUCGCGAUGGCGAUGGCGAGAGCGAUGGCGAGAGCGAAGCGUGACAUCCGCGUGACCGCGAACAAAACGGACACAAAGGAGAAGCAGCAGGAGUGUUCUGAGGUCCUCCCACACUCAGCGUUUAGUGCUUGAAAGCAAGUAGCUGCAUUAUGCUUAGUGUUCCCACUUGGGCCUUUAGUGAAGGC